GGAACAACGAGAAAAAGAGGAAAUAGAAAAAUACCGUAUGGAACGACCCAAAAUUCAGCAGCAGUUCUCGGACUUGAAACGGAAGCUAGCAGAGGUCACAGAAGAAGAGUGGCUGAGUAUUCCAGAAGUUGGUGAUGCCAGGAACAAGCGUCAGAGGAAUCCUCGUUACGAGAAGCUGACUCCUGUACCCGAUAGCUUCUUCGCAAAGCAUUUACAGUCGGGGGAGAAUCACACUUCUGUGGACCCACGCCAAACGCAAUUUGGCGGGUUGAAUACUCCAUAUCCAGGGGGCUUGAAUACUCCAUACCCAGGAGGAAUGACACCAGGCUUAAUGACACCUGGGACAGGCGAAUUGGAUAUGAGGAAGAUUGGCCAAGCCAGAAACACCUUGAUGGAUAUGAGGCUAAGCCAGGUGUCGGACUCUGUGAGUGGCCAGACUGUAGUGGACCCGAAAGGAUAUUUGACAGACUUGAAUUCGAUGAUUCCCACACAUGGAGGAGAUAUCAAUGAUAUCAAGAAAGCCCGUUUGCUCCUGAAAUCUGUACGAGAGACCAAUCCUCAUCAUCCGCCAGCCUGGAUAGCAUCAGCCCGACUGGAGGAGGUCACUGGCAAACUCCAAGUGGCUCGAAAUCUCAUCAUGAAAGGAACAGAGAUGUGCCCCAAGAGUGAAGAUGUUUGGUUAGAAGCUGCUCGGCUUCAGCCUGGGGAUACAGCCAAGGCUGUUGUGGCCCAAGCUGUCCGCCACCUUCCACAGUCUGUCCGAAUCUAUAUAAGAGCAGCAGAGCUGGAGACAGAUAUCCGUGCAAAGAAACGUGUCCUUAGGAAAGCCCUUGAGCAUGUUCCAAAUUCGGUGCGUUUGUGGAAGGCAGCCGUGGAGUUAGAAGAACCUGAGGAUGCCAGGAUCAUGCUGAGUCGGGCUGUGGAGUGCUGUCCAACUAGCGUUGAACUGUGGCUUGCACUGGCAAGGCUGGAGACAUAUGAGAAUGCUCGUAAAGUCCUUAACAAAGCCCGUGAGAAUAUUCCGACGGAUCGUCACAUCUGGAUUACUGCUGCCAAACUGGAGGAAGCCAAUGGAAACACCCAGAUGGUGGAGAAAAUCAUUGACAGAGCCAUCACAUCUCUUAGGGCUAACGGUGUGGAAAUCAACAGAGAGCAAUGGAUACAGGAUGCUGAGGAAUGUGAUAAAGCUGGAAGCGUGGCCACAUGCCAGGCAAUCAUGCGAGCUGUGAUUGGGAUUGGAAUUGAGGAAGAAGAUCGGAAACAUACCUGGAUGGAAGAUGCAGACAGUUGUGUUGCUCAUAAUGCUCUGGAGUGUGCCCGAGCAAUUUAUGCCUAUGCCUUGCAAGUUUUCCCGAGCAAGAAGAGUGUGUGGCUGCGAGCAGCGUACUUUGAAAAGAACCAUGGAACGAGAGAAUCCUUGGAGGCUCUUUUGCAGAGAGCUGUUGCUCACUGUCCCAAAGCAGAAGUGCUCUGGCUCAUGGGAGCCAAAUCGAAGUGGCUGGCGGGAGAUGUGCCAGCAGCCAGAAGCAUUUUGGCCCUGGCUUUCCAGGCCAACCCCAACAGCGAGGAGAUCUGGCUGGCUGCCGUGAAGCUUGAGUCAGAAAACAAUGAAUAUGAAAGAGCAAGGAGGCUGCUGGCAAAAGCUCGCAGCAGUGCCCCCACUGCAAGGGUCUUCAUGAAGUCUGUGAAAUUAGAAUGGGUGCUUGGGAACAUCGCUGCAGCCCAGGAGCUUUGUGAGGAAGCCCUGAAGCACUAUGAGGACUUCCCCAAACUGUGGAUGAUGAAGGGACAAAUUGAGGAACAAAAGGAGCUGGUAGAGAAAGCACGGGAGGCUUAUAAUCAAGGGUUGAAAAAGUGUCCCCAUUCCAUACCCCUGUGGCUUUUGCUGUCCAGGCUGGAGGAGAAAGUUGGGCAGUUGACUAGAGCAAGAGCCAUCUUGGAAAAGUCUCGCCUAAAGAAUCCGAAGAAUCCAGAUCUCUGGUUAGAAUCUGUGCGAUUAGAGUACAGAGCUGGGCUAAAGAAUAUUGCAAAUACUCUGAUGGCCAAGGCAUUGCAAGAAUGCCCCAAUUCAGGAAUCCUGUGGUCAGAGGCAAUUUUCCUUGAAGUGCGACCGCAACGGAAGACCAAGAGUGUGGAUGCUCUCAAGAAGUGUGAACAUGACCCACAUGUCCUGUUGGCUGUGGCCAAGCUAUUCUGGAGUGAGCGUAAAAUAACCAAGGCCCGAGAAUGGUUCCACCGAACAGUGAAGAUAGACUCUGACCUGGGAGAUGCCUGGGCUUUCUUUUACAAAUUUGAGCUCCAGCAUGGCACGGAGGAACAACAAGAAGAGGUGAGGAAGCGCUGCGAGAAUGCUGAACCUCGCCACGGAGAGCUCUGGUGUGAUGUUUCCAAAGACAUAGAAAAUUGGCAGAAAAAGAUCGGAGAGAUUCUUGUGCUUGUGGCAGCCAAGCUUAAAAAUACUUUCUAGAGUAUGCUGGCUUCAGCUGCGUUAGUCAUCUCUGUAGGACUUGUCUGCUUACCUGCUUUCAGUGCAUGACACGGAUUUUGGAGAACAGGAGAUCGGUGGUGAUAUGAAAGAUCUUUCUUCCCAAAAGAAAAGCUACUUCCUUCCCUUCCCAGUGACAGUGCUCUUGGCUCACACAACGUGCUCGUCAGGUUCUGCAGCGCAUCUGAACGCCGUUGCUGGUGUCAC